AUGACCGACGACACCCAUGCUGGCCCCAGUCGGCCGAAACCAACAGGACGGCCCGUGUCAAAGUACGGGAAAAAAGCACGAGCGCGACUGUUCAAGUACAAGACUGUCGAUUACGAGCACAGAAUGAAUGCAAUCCAUCAGGUGGCAGAGUCAACUAGAAAGAAAGUAUAUGGUUGGAUUAAGCAUAAAGACCACAUCCUUCGAUUGGCUACCACUGCUCGCACUUCCAACCAGAAAUGUGUCCGUGCUGUCGGGACUGGAACCACGCUGCCAGCUGAAGAAGAAGCUCAACUGGCCCGAUGGGUCCAUGACAUGCGGAAGGACGGUAUCCCGGUGACCUACAACAUGCUUCAUCUCAUGGCACUCGAGACAGCAAUUGACGUGGGGCUUACCGAAGAUGAAUUCAAGGCCGGGCGGCAUUGGAUCCACGGCUUCAAACGGCGCCACGGACUCUCCUUCCGUGCAAAGACGCGAAUCGGACAAGAUACUAACAAAGACGGAACGUCAAUCCUUGCUGCGUUUUCGGAACGCGUCUUGCUCUCCGCUGUUGCCAAUGGCAUCGACGUCAUCUACAAUGCCGACCAGACCGGCGACAACACCGUGUGGGUCAAGUGCGGUGGCAAGACGAAAGACCGAGCAACUGUCAUGCUCCUUGCCGACACCACAGGGAAGAAGCAUCCCUUGUUUCUGGGGUUCGGUAAACGCGUCUGGAAAGAAGUCAAGCCGCUUCAGGCGCGCCAAGGGUGCCGUAUCUACGCCAACCCUACAGCAUGGUGGAACUCGGAGCUGUCGUUGGCGUUCUUGAAGUACCAUUUUGCGGAACGAGAAGGUCGCGACACAAAGAAG